AUUCCUCUUCUUAACCACUUCUUUCUUUUUUUUUUCCCCUAAUGACUGAUUUUAUUUCCGUUGCCUGUAGUUAAUGCGGGAACUGGAAAAUCAAUCCUCAGUCUAUCGCGUGCCCAACGCGAAAGUUGGCUGUUGCCAUGGUUAUCUAUCUAUCUUUCUUCUCACGCCUGUGCACUCCUUAGCCUCAUGGCAUGGCUCGAUUGCACGAGAUGCUCGAUUCUCGCGUGCCAACUUUAAAUUUCCAACUCCUUCGUGCUUUCCCCCCUCUCUUCCCCUUGAUUGACAGCUCCUCGUGCCAGCCUGAAUCAAGGACGGAAAGUCAAAAUCGGGCCAAGUGGGAGAACUCGGUGGAAAGGAUAAUA